GUUCUGUUGCAGGCGGUGCAGCAGCCAGCUACCCCUGGCGCAGGGCCCUGCGGCUGGACCGGGUGCAGCAGGGCCAUGCGGGGCCGUGCGGCAGGUUCUGCGGACUCUAGGCUGAAGCAGCGGAUCAGACAGUAUUUAAUUAGUAAUAAAUGUGGCCAGUACGUGGACAUUGGUGUGCUAGCAGCUGAUUUGCAGAAAACUUAUAGUGCAGAGUAUGGACGAAGGAAAAGAAAUGCCUUUAGAAUACAGGUUGAGAAAGUGUUUGAGAUAAUCUGUAGUGAGAAUGAAUCUGAGAAUUUAUCAGCUUUAGAAGAUGAACAUGUAGCAAAAAGAGCAAGACACAGACGAGAAGAGAAUGAGAAUACAGAAAGCUCCAUGGAUGAGUUGGACGAUGAUUAUCCAGAACAUCCAUCUCAGAAUCACAUGAACAGCUCUUUGUUGACCUUAUACCGGAAAGAAAAUCAUGAUUCUGUCCCAGGAACUCCAAAGAAUGAGCUGAUAGAAACUAGCACCCCUGUUCAAGUGACAGCACCCCAACCAAGUGCCCUUACCUCUGGAACGCCACUUGAGACCAGAAUCUCUGAAGCUGGCUGGUUUAUUGAUAAAAACCCAAGUAGAAAAGAUGUGGACUUUUUCACUCACCUUUGUGAGGAAGGAAAUGAAGAAAAACUGAUUUCUGAGAAAUCAAAAGAUUUCUCUCUUUUGGAGAGUGAAAGAAGGAAGACAAAGGGUAAGCGAGAGAGACGAAGGAAAGAGGAGUCCCAGGAUGUAGAUGGUGAAAUAGAAUCUGCACUGCGUAAGCAGAAAGCUAAAUCUAAAGGACCAGAGUUGCUUCACCCUUCAGUGAAAUUUGAAGAUGUGGGAGGCAAUGAUGAAACGCUGAAGGAAGUCUGUAAAAUGCUGAUACAUGUACGUCACCCUGAAGUCUACAACCACUUAGGUGUGGUCCCACCUCGGGGAUUUCUUUUACAUGGACCACCAGGAUGUGGAAAGACGCUACUAGCACAGGCGAUUGCUGGGGAGCUUGAACUACCAAUCCUCAAAGUAGCAGCUACUGAGAUGGUGUCAGGAGUGUCAGGGGAAUCUGAACAGAAGCUGAGAGAAUUGUUUGAACAUGCUGUGUCCAAUGCACCAUGCAUCCUUUUCAUAGAUGAGAUUGAUGCUAUCACCCCAAAGAGGGAAGUUGCAUCGAAAGACAUGGAGCGAAGAAUUGUGGCCCAGUUACUAACCUGCAUGGAUGAUCUGAACAAUUUGCCUGCUUCUGCUCAGGUGCUAGUCAUUGGAGCAACUAACAGGCCAGACUCACUGGAUCCAGCACUGAGGCGAGCUGGAAGAUUUGAUCGAGAAAUUUGUCUAGGGAUUCCUGAUGAAGCAGCUAGAGAAAAAAUUCUACAGACAUUGUGUCGAAAACUUAAGCUCCCUGAAUCUUUUGAUUUUCAUCACUUAGCUCAUGUGACUCCAGGCUAUGUAGGUGCAGAUUUGAUGGCACUUUGUCGUGAGGCAGCCAUGUGCACAGUGAACAGGGUCCUGAUAAAUUCAGAAGGGCAAAAAUGGAAGGAGACAGAGGCUGGAAAAGCAGUGAGUGACCAAAGUAUUGAAAAUGGAGAAGUACCAGUCAGAAGGCAGCCAGAGCUUGUAAAGGAUGAAUUGCAGAAACUGCUGGAAUUGCUUAAAGAGCAGGACCCCUUGGUAGAAGAGCAGCUGCAAAAGCUCUGCAUUGAGAUGAAUGAUUUCAUUGUUGCACUGUCCUCAGUGCAGCCUUCUGCCAAGAGAGAAGGCUUUGUCACAGUUCCUGAUGUGACAUGGGCAGAUAUUGGAGCUCUGGAGGACAUUCGGGAGGAGCUUACCAUGGUUAUACUGGCACCUGUUCGGAAUCCAGAGCAGUUCAGGGCUCUUGGCCUGACUGCUCCAGCUGGUGUACUACUUGCAGGGCCUCCUGGAUGUGGAAAAACGUUACUCGCCAAGGCUGUGGCAAAUGAGUCUGGGCUGAACUUCAUCUCUGUGAAAGGUCCAGAACUGUUAAAUAUGUAUGUCGGUGAAAGUGAGCGUGCUGUACGUCAGGUAUUUCAGAGGGCCAGGAAUUCUGCUCCUUGCGUUAUAUUUUUUGAUGAAGUGGAUGCAUUGUGUCCCCGGAGGUCAGACCGUGAGGCAGGUGCUAGUGUUCGUGUGGUGAACCAGUUAUUAACAGAGAUGGAUGGCCUGGAAAAUCGUCAACAGGUUUUCAUUAUGGCUGCCACCAACAGGCCAGAUAUAAUUGAUCCAGCAAUCUUGCGACCUGGCAGACUGGAUAAAACACUCUACGUGGGUUUGCCACCUCCUGCAGAUCGAUUUGCCAUUUUGAAGACUAUCACUAAAGAUGGUACUCAGCCUCCACUGGACACUGAUGUAAACCUUGAAGUAAUUGCUUAUGAUCAGCGCUGUGAUUGUUACACGGGGGCAGAUCUUUCCGCUCUGGUGCGUGAAGCUUCUAUUUGUGCCUUGAGACAAGAAAUGGCCUUGCAGAAAAGCAAAAGCAGGAAAGAAAUGCAAAUGAAGAGCUGUCACUAAGGGAUCCCACAAACUUGAAAUCUAUUGUUUCAUCAGCAAGUUGUCUGAAGUACUGCACCUAAAGUCCCUAUACCAGGUCUUGUGGUUUUAAAGCCAUGUUUACCCAUUUGAAGAACAUAAGUGCCCUACUGGGUCAACUCAAUAAUCUGUCUAGCCCCAUAGCCUGUCUUCAACAGUGGCAGGAGCAGAUGUUUUAGAGGGAUAGCACUGAAAAGGGUAUAUCUAGAGUGAUUCAUUCCCUGUUUAUUUCUCUUCCUGGCAUCCACCAUCAUUGGUUUAGAGCAGGUGUGUCAAACUAUUUUCAAAUGUAUUCUUCGCGCCCUUACCUAAGAGCCAACAAAAAAUGAAAUACUCGCACACACUUAACAAGAAAGGCAGAAUAACAUCCCACCUAACUCAUGGCUUGUGAGAAGGAACGUGUGCUGUAGCUGUUCUCCCAUAAGUACUGAGGCUGCUGAAUUUGUUCACUUAUGCUACAAUGGUGAGCCUUAAAAGUAAGAUCCAGCCUUAGUUUGAUUUCUUCUUAUUUGAAUAAUGCAAUUGUCCUGGUUAACUUAAAAUGAACAAGAGGAGGAAGAGGAACAUCAGACUUUGUAUGUAUAUAUGAAUUUUGUAGAAAAGAACAAGGAAACACUUGGACAUUACAAAGCAAGGAGAGACCGCCACCUUUUUCCUCUUUCUGCUUUCUUUUUACAGUUUUUAUUGACCUUUAGCACAGUUAGGCCCAAAUCCUGAUUAGUAGUGACAGAUUUUUUUCCAUCCUUUUGUCACAGAGAAAUCCUGAAUUGACUGCACUGAUUUAUUUAAUGUGGGGUUUUUUGGAUAGAGAUACACAAGGCCUCUCUGUGUAUAUUUAGUAAAGACAGUGGUAGGGCAUUCUUGUGAAGCUGGACAUAUCUUGAUGAAAUGCAGUACCAAACAGGUACUGAAAAGUUCCUUGAAGAAACAUAACUGGCUAAUUCAGUAUGUCCAAUAAAACUGUACUGUACCUGUAUUCAUGUUAGUUAUUGUACUAAUUCUGUGUAGCAACUUGAUUUUGGAGGAUGUUAAUUAUAUGUAUAUGACAAGACAUUUGCAUGAGAGUGCAAGACAAUACCCACUUUUUCUUUUAGAAUGAAAUUCUUGUGGCCAGCAGCAGGCUAACAAAAGCCUCUCUUAAAGGUGGUGGCGGAGGGUCAUUAAGACUGAUUUGUUAAUGUAGGGUUUUUUGGAUAGAGAUAUAGGUAAAGGGCUGGCCUGAUAUGUCUACAGAGUAUACAAGGUUGGAUCGGUGAUAAUGGGGGCAACCAAUCACCUGAUCCCUUGAGCACCAGAAAGUGCUGAUAAGAUGCUGGUAUAAGCCAGCCUGUGUAAAGGGUGCAGUCCCUUUAUACUAGAACACCUUGUCUGGGCACAGUCUUGUUAAAGCACAAGCUUAGAAACCAGGAAGCCGUAAUUGUGUCUAGUUUUGUCACAGAAAAACAUCUGUUUAAUUUUAGUGAGUCAUUUUAAGCCUUACUUUCAAGUGUUGAUCAUCCUAAAUUCUAGCUGAAUUCAGUGUAUGCUACAGUUGGUCAAGGCCUUGGGUAUCAGUGCUGUAUCUAAAACAGUCCUAUUAAAAUAUAUGUAUUGUCAUCAUUUAGAUGCCCUAUAACUGAUGCAGAGAGAAACAAAGGAGUUGCUCAGGUUCAUAUAGCUUGCAUUAGAUACACUAUGGAAAUUCAAAGUUCAUGAAAUCAUUGGCUCACUGAGGAUAAUAGACUGUGCAGUUAGUGAAAUUCAUUAUCUUAAUAUUUUCAUUAAUGUUGUCCUGGAAUUUAUUUAGAAAAUGGUAUUAGUCCAUAUGUGUAGUGGUAUUAUAUAUGGGUAAAUCCUAGUCAUUAAGUUAUU